CAAACGGUCACAAAUUUUAAGACCCAAACAAAAGAUAAGUGGUAUUAUAGAAAGUUGAGAAAAUUGACUUGUUAAUGAGAUUAACAGAUAUGCCAACAACUGACUUUGCUUGGAAUAUAUAGACACUCAGAUUGUAGACCAAUAGCUUUGAGGUUUGCAUUUGAAAGAGAGUAAGACAAUUCAUGAUUUCUAAUUUUCUUUGUGAAUAUUUAAUUUAUAAUCAAAUUUGGCGAUUGAACAAACACAAGUUGAAUGGUAAUAAUGCUGUGAAAACGGGGCUUUAUGAAUGUGCGGAGAGUGUCAUCCCAUAUUAGAAUGACAUUUCCGCACAAGCUUAUCAGGGACGACACCUAACGGACAUGUAUUAAGCCCGGUUUUCUCAAAACGCGGCUCAUGCCAAAACGAGACGUGUUCUUUGUUCAUAGGAAAUAUAAACAGAGAUGAAUUGGUUUGUGAAAAUCUGUACAGACUUUGAUCCAGAUAAAUUAGACUAAUAUAUGCAACACGCCCAGCGUGUUUUUUUUUAUAGAUUCGCGGUGUAAAGAUUAAAUGACCAAUGUUAAUUCGUGUUAAUACAUUGCUGAAUUCAACGUGUGAACAUUGAAUGUAUGGACGACCUGGUUUGGUUUGAAUCUCUGAAGGUAUAAGUGUUGUGCAAGCAAGUGUGCUGUUGUUUGGAGCGUUUCAACAGAAGAGUGAUAUUUGCAUGUUACUUAUCUAGCAAGCCCGCAGUCGCAAGUGGACUAAUAUGGCAGCUGAGAACGACGAUUCCGUUGUCAUGACAGGCGGUUCAUUCACAACGGCGGAUGUCGUUGCCAAACAACCGGCUGGUUCAAGGUCGAACGGAAGUCAGAAGAUUCAAUGGCGGCGUUCCGUGGCAAAGUCUGCGUUCGACGAUACGCUGAUAGAACGGGACUGGGUCGCACCGCUCUUUUCGUGCAAGGACGGGAAAACAUCAAACAAGAGCCUAGUAUGCUGCUGGUGCUACCACAAGUACAUGCUGGCCAUGCGCCUCGGAGAGACGCCCUUCCUGUGCUUCAUGCCCUGCUCGGCCUUCGGACUCAGAGUCAAAGUGCGAACCCAGUUUGCUCUCAAGGGUUCCAUGGUCGGAGACCUGUUUACGUCAUUUUUCUGCGAACCCUGCACAGUGUGUCAGAUGACCAGGGAACUUGAUCACGUGGGAUUAUAGGAUUGUACUAGGCAUGAGGCGUAAAAACUGGCAGCAUUUACCUCCGUUUGUUUUAACCACUGACGUCAGAAGUAAUAUCAUCCUCAUUAGGAAAGUUCGUGUUAAUCACUCGGAUCGCUAUCAAGCGGCAUUUCUUGCUAUAGUUAAACUUUAUUACGGAAAACUAUAUGCAAUAUGAAGCUAAUUAUCAGUGUUGGAAAAAUAGUGUUUAUGUCAUAAUAAUGACAGUGUCGUGCUUUUUUAUGUUAUUAAGAUAUGCCUGGUUACUUUUACAAGAACAGUUUCAUUUGGUGCUCCUUGUAUCUAUGCAAGUGCACGCCGUGCCUCUUGAUAGUAUAUUAUGCAUUAGGAUAUUAGCUACGUCCUAGUUCUGCUUGAAAAAUAGACCUAGUUGUGUGGUGAAACAUUUCUUUAGCGUAUGUAAUACGAACUGACUAGUUUGUGUCGGUGUAUGCAUUUUGUCAAUUUAUUUAUUUUAAAUAGUAUACCACUUUUUGAAUUGUUAAAUAUUCAAGGUUAACUUAUUCAUUUCCAACAUUUCAUAGCGCUACGUUUCAUAAUCUUUUCGAUUAUAUUUCAAACAAACCACAGACAUAUGUUGUUUAGCAUUUAUAGUUUUUCUUGGUCACCAUUUGAAAGCUUUUUAAUUUUCUUACAUUACUCAGCGUUUACACAUGUUCAUGACCAACCUUUAUUAGCAUUCACGCAUGUUCAUGACAAACCUUUCUUAGCAUUUACACAUAUUCAUGACCAACUUUUAUUAGAGAUCAACAGAUGUUCAUGACCAACUUUUAUUAGUGUUUACACAUAUUCAUGACCAACCUUUUUUUAGCAUUUACACAUGUUCAUGACCAACCUUUCUUAGCAUUCAAACAUGUUCUUGACCAACCUUUCUUAGUGUUUACACAAUUUAACAUGUUCAUGACCAACCUUUCAUAGCUUUACACAUGUUCAUGGCAAGCAUUUUUUAGCGUUUACACAUUUUCAUGUCAAAACUUCAUAGUGGUUUCAUAGUCUUAUAAUUCAAGCGUUUAAACAGUUUUAUAACCAUGAUUAUAUAGCGCUUACACUUUUUCAUUUCAAACAUCGCAUAGCCUUUAUUUCUUAGCGUUCACACCUGCUAUUUCCACCUUUAAGAGUCUAACAAUUUUACGCAGGUGUUAACUGAACACAUUGCAAUAAAACUUCCAAAACAG